CAUGUUCACGUAGCUAUUAAAUUGUUACAAAUGUUUUAAAACUCUGAAAUCCAAUGCAUUCCUAGUAGCUUGAAAAACUGGGUAACGAUUUAGGCUAAUUGCUAACCAGCAGUAGUUGAUCGAUUAAUUUAUUCCUUAAAAGGGAAUUGUGUGUAUAUAUAGCAAUAUAUCAGCGCAGUGUACCGUAGUAUCAUGCCGUAGUUUGUGGGCAUGUAGAUAUAUAAUUAAAAUAAGUCAGAAUGGAGUGGAACAAGUUGGGGUCGCAGUACUAGCUAGCUAACGUUAGCUAACUAGCUAAAAUUCCAUUGUUUGAGUACAUAGUUAGCUAACUAUUAGCUGGCCAAUGGCUACUUGAAUAACUAGGUUGCUGUGGAUUAUCUUUAAUUAAACUUUGUCUGAAAUGCAUUGUCUAGUCUAGCUUUAAAGAACACCGCUAUAGCUACAACAUUGCCCUAAUUUGGAAGACGAAAGGCAGCAGCCGACCUUCCAAAACAGAGUCUGUGCUAGCCCACAAUCCAUUUGAGUGGAGUUCUUAUCUGUCUGUCUUACUGUUGCGCAAGAGAGACACAUGAAAAUUGUCUUAACUACAUAAUCAACCUUGACAAAAGACAGAGGACUAGGUGUGGAUGACCCCUCCCCUUACGAGAUGUAACAGGAUGCUGAACCAUCACUGUAGAAGGAACCCCGAGCUUCAAGAGGAGCUGCAGAUACAGGCUGCAGUGGCAGCGGGGGAUGUGUACACUGUCAGGAAGAUGCUGGAGCAAGGCUACUCUCCGAAGAUCCGUGAUGCCAACGGGUGGACCCUGCUCCACUUUUCCGCUGCCAAGGGGAAGGAGAGAUGUGUCCGGGUCUUCCUGGAGCACGGAGCUGACCCCACAGUAAAGGACUUCAUCGGCGGCUUCACGGCGCUCCACUAUGCCGCCAUGCACGGCCGUGCGCGCAUCGCCCGCCUCAUGCUGGAGUCGGACUUCCGCAGCGACAUCAUCAAUGCCAAGAGCAACGAUGGCUGGACGCCACUGCAUGUGGCUGCCCACUAUGGCCGCGACUCUUUCGUGCGGCUCCUCCUUGAGUUCCGCGCCGAGGUGGAUCCCCUCAGCGACAAGGGCACCACGCCCCUCCAACUCGCUAUCAUCCGUGAGCGCUCCAGCUGCGUGAGAAUCCUGCUGGACCACAGCGCCAACAUCGACAUUCAAAAUGGCUUCCUGCUGCGCUACGCCGUCAUCAAGGGGAAUCAUUCCUACUGUCGUAUGUUCCUGCAGCGGGGUGCGGACACUAACCUGGGUCGCCUCGAGGACGGGCAGACCCCGUUGCACCUAUCGGCACUAAGAGACGACGUGCUGUGUGCUCAGAUGCUUUACAAGUACGGCGCCGACACCAACACAAGGAACUACGAGGGCCAGACUCCCGUGGCGGUGUCGUCGAGCAUGUCUGGCAUCAGCCGGCCCUGCCUGGACUUCCUACAGGAGGUCACCAGACAACCCAGGACUUUGCAGGACAUGUGUCGGAUAAACAUCCGGCAUCACAUAGGCCUCCAGAGCUUGACGUUUCUGGAGGACCUGCCCAUUGCCAAGGUCAUGAAAGACUACCUAAAACACAAGUUUGACAAUGUGUGAUGACAAGAGUUUUGUUUUUUAUAUACCACACGAACCAGGCAGACGGAGAACGUCGUUCUCUCCUUUCAUCAGACUAUGCAAGCAUUGUGCUACCUUCCGUUGUCUGAAGCCUGGAGGAGGUGCAGGACCAGGUUUUUGUACAACCUCCAGAGGUCACUUUGUAACCUCAGUUAAACACGUAGCCGGAUGGAGACGGAGUAUCUUUCUCUCUCGACCGUGUUUCGAUCCGCGUUAGCAGCAUUACGUCUUUGGAUGGACGACUGAAUUGGAUGGAUGGGAACAGGUGGCAAUGUUUCAAGUAGGGCUUUGUUUCAAUCAUGAUGAAUGGUUGAUGAAGGGGUGCAGUCCUACUUCCUGUUGUGGAAUAAAGCUUGUUUUGAUAGAAAUGAGAUGACCGGCGUUUCGCUGCUGUCUUGUUACCCAUAAUGUAUGUCACAUGUCAGAUUUCAGUCCACAUCAAGCCAAUGAUUGUUUUUGUGGAGAUGAAGUGUUCCGAUUAGUUUUCAUGAAGACGCCAACAUUUCUUUGCUGUGGUAAAUCUGGGCAAGUUGAGCACGGAGAGAGAAAGGUUUGUCAGACUGACUUUCUUUUUUUUGUGUGUAAAACUUGUUGCAGAAUGGGUCAAUCUUGUGAUACAGCAUUUGAAAUAAUCAGGUUAUCAAAACCUCUUAAUUAUUCAAGUAUUACAAAAGCUCAGUGUUGAGUUAACUCAAGCUUGAGUUGGCUAAAGUAGAGCUGUUUUGACCUGAUUGAUUGAAGGAUUCACAAGUAAGUGAUACUGAGGAGGGUUUUCAGUAGAGGGAAGGCCUGAGUUUCCCACAUUUCCAGUAGGUGUUCACAAGAUGAGUCAUCCAGCACGGCUCGGUGAAGUCUGUCUGCAAUGGUUACCAUGUACAGACAUAAACAUCGUUUUAAAAAAACUAUGUAAAUAAUUGUCAUAUGUACAGCAGAUAUUUUUCUAGAAUUAUUUAAGCGACGAUCUCUUGUAUUCUUAAUGUAUUUGGAGUUUGUUGGAUGGUAUUGUGUGCUGUUGAUGUGACCCAUGUGUUGGUUUUCUAUGUGUAUGCGUGUCUUUUAAGAGUUUUAGAAGAUACGCACGUGUAUUUUUGAAACAAAAUAUUUAGUUAAAAUAAUUUUUACUUUGUGGGAGAUGGAACGGGUAUUGGGUUAAGAAUAAAAUAAGUGAAUUUGUGUUUAAAUGUCAAUGGCCCUGUUUUUAAAUCAUAUUUGUUCACAUUUGUGUUAAGAUUUUUUCCCCAUCACUUUGAUUGUCACUGAUAUUAAUGAAUGGUGUUUCCAUAGAUUUUUGCAUGAUUUCAAAGACAGUAUUUGCAUAGUUUUUUGGCCAACAUUUCAAAGUGAUGUCUGCGUUGUAAUUCUGAACAGACAUAAAGAGGUGGUAGAGGUCUUCCUCUUGCUGAUGCAAUGUUUUGUUUAAUUUGCAUCUGGCCUGUGGUCAAACGGCAGUACUCUGCUCC